AUGCUGUCAGUAUUAGCUGACAAAACAAUGGAUAUACAAGGUGUAGAGCAGCGGUCAAUUUGUUGUAGAUAUGUACUCUAUGAAAAUAAUCAACCCGUUUUGAAAGAAGAUUUUAUUGCAUUAAUUGCAUUAAACAAAUUAGAUACAGAAACAAUAGCAAAUAAAAUAUUAUCUAGUUUGCAAAAUUAUGGAUUAGAUUUAAACAAAUUAGUAGGACAAGGUUAUGAACUAUGAUGGUGCUGGUACUAUUUCUGGUCAUAUAAGUGGGGCCUAAAAAAAGAUUAAAGACAUGCAUAAAAAACAAUUUUUGUGCAUUCUGAAAAUCAUCACCUAAAUUUAGUUUUAAAAUUAUUUAAUUUAAUUCCAAGUGCUCAAAAUACAAAUUAUGUGAUAAUGAAACAAUCAAUUUUUUUUAAAAAAAAUCUGUUCACCAAUCAGCUGCUCUAAGUCUCACUAAAUUGUGUGUUACCAGGUGUACCAGAUAGUCUGAAACACAUAAAGCCCUAAGAAAAUUUCAUGGAAAUGGCUUUUGGUAGUUGAAGUUUUAAAAGAUUUAAAAAUAAAUGGAAACAAAAUCACUUCUUUUAAGGCUAAGUAUAUUUUAAAUUCUAUUACUACUUCACAGUUUAUUAUUUGUUUUAGAAUAAUUACAAAAUAUUCUGCCACCAUAGAGCUUGUUACUAACAUCUCAUAAGGAAUAGAUUGUGAUGUAUUCAAUGCUCAUGAAUAAGGCCCAGAACAUGAUAGCCUAAAAAUCUUUAAAAGUACACACAAAAAAAGUUUUGAAAUGACUUGAAAAAUAUAACAAAUACUUGCUUUAUAAAUAUUUAAAAAGAGAUGUGUGUACUAUCACUAUUGCAUGUGAAAUGUCAUAUGAUGACUAUUGUUUAGGAAUGUAUAGGUUUCUCAUUAACCGUGUGAACGCUUUGUUUAAUUAAACAUAUCGUCAAUAAAAAAAAAUCAGGCAUGAUGAUCAUUUUAUCAGUUUAUCACAUUAACUGACGAAUUUGAACCCGCCUUAAUUAUAAUUAUCGAAUGUCUUUGGUUUCUAAUUAUAUAAAUGUAAUAAUUGUAUAUGUUUAAUAAAACAUGUUUAUAUUGAUGUAAACGAUUUUUGUACAUACACGUAAAAUUAGUUAAUUUUAAUAAAUAGUACAUUUUGUUUCAAAAUCGAACACAGGAGAAACCGAGUAAUUUAGCUUUUUAUAAAAAAAAAACAUUAGUUUAACAUUUCGUAUAAAAGAACAAACAAACUAUGAGUAAUAUCUAGGGCCCGGAACUUGAAAAUCUAAAAAUCUUUAAAAAAUGAACACAAAAAAGUAUUAAAAUGACUUAUAAAAAUCAAAAAAUGACUUAAAAUAUCACCCUAAAAAAACCGAAAAAUAUCAUAACAUUUUCAAAAAUUACAUUUUUUAAUAAUAAACCAUCGUUUUUAAAUCAUUUAUUUAUUAAUUAUUAUACUAUUCAUCUAAACAAUAAUAAUAUUUUUAUACAUUAAAUAUGUUUUUAUUACUUAAACGAUUAAAUAUUAUGUAAAUAUUUUUAAAUAAUAAAUGUGUUACAUUGAACUAUCAAAGUGUGUUUAAUAUUUUUAGGUAGAAAUACUUCUUUCCACUUCCACAGAUGUAAUUGGCGCAUACUUGAAAAAUGUGAUAUCAUCUAUAUUCAAAUCUUCUGGCAAGGCUUCUUUUAUCACUUCUUGUCAUUCUAAAAUUUUUGAAAUAAUCUGCAAAUUUUUAUAACCACUAUUUUUUUCUAAAACACCUUUGAAUUUUUUUUGAAUUUCGAGUCUAACUAUAUUUUGUGCUUGAUGAAUUAUAUUUUUUUUCUUCUACAACUAGUAUAACAUCAGCAAGGCAAGUGUUUGAUGAUUCUAAUUUUGUUAUUGAACUUGGUAGCGAUCUGAAGUUUGGUUUAAUUUAAUUCUAUCUCUGGAUCAGUAAUUAAAUCAAUUACAUUUUCAAUGGAGGUUGCAUCAUUUUCCAGUUUCAUAAUUAUAUUUUUAACUACACCAAAACGUUCACAAUAAUAAAAGGCUGCCCUUAACCAUGUCCCCCACCGAGUUAGAACAGGUUGUGGGGGUUUUGGAAUAUUCGGUGCUACUUCUUUAAACAUUUAUACUCUCGAAGGAGCCUUCAAAAAAUGGUUUUGCAGUUUGAAAUAAGUUGGUUGACUUUUGGAAAAUGUUUUCUGAUUUUUUUCGCAACCCUAUAUAAAACGUGAGGUAAAUGAACUUGGAAUCAAAUUAUAGACUCCUAGUUUAACGUCAAAACAAACAUUGAGAAAUAAUCCCUCUACAUCUGAUUCAGCAGAAUACUAAAGAAUAUCUGUUAUUAUUCCAUAUUUAGAUUCUAUAAUCACAUCAUUAAAUAAUACAUUUUAUUAAGAUUUUGUAUAAUUUAAAAUUCUUACAAUUCAUCCUAAAUAUUUGAAAAAUAAUUUAAAUGAAUAAUUCAUCUCCAAAUUAAAACACAAAAAAUCAUAUUAUUGGGAAUUGGUUGCUAAUAUAUUAGAUGAAGGACCUAUGUAAUUUAAUAUCUGGAGUAAAAAAGAAAUAUAAAAUAUUGUUCAUUUUCUUAAGCUGUUAAAUUAAACUAAAUUCCUUUCAUCAAUACAAAAUUGAAUUAUAAUUGCAACAACACUUCCAUCAACCACAUGCAAUGUUGAAAGAUCAUUUAGGUAUGUACAAUUUAUAUUAAUUCACUUUAAUACUGCUUCUUCUCAAUAAAAACUUUAUUUUUGUUUUAUAUUAGUUUGUUUUAAAAAUUAAAAAUAUGGCUUUGCAGUAGUAUGACACAAAUCCGGUUAAAUGGCUUAGCACUGAUGUAUAUUCAUAAUGACAUAGUGCAAAGUCAACAAUCUUUUAUAAUAGAAGAAAUUAAAAAGCUAUUUUGUAUGGAACCUAGAUGUGUGCAAUUUUUAUUUAAUGAUGCAUGAAGAAAAUAAUAUUUUUUUUCCUAAUGUAUUUUUUUUUUAUACUUUGCUUUAACUAACAUUUUUUGACACAUAUGACAUAUUGUAUUCAAAUAAAUAGUGAAUGUAACAAUGCUACUAGGAUGUACGAAAGCAUUAGAUUUUUAUUUUAAUUAUGUAUAUCACAAAUUCUAAUUUGAAAUUUAAAAUUCGUCUUCCGUGAAUUUACAAAAUAGAAUCUAUGGUAAAGAUAAAUUUUUUUUGCUCCCCCUCUCCUAGAAAUAUUCUUGUGGGUGUCCUUUAUGCUCAUUCAUACCAUUCGUGCUAACAAUGUUGAUGUUUGUGUUCACGUACAUUUUUGAAUUUAAAUUUUAUUCGAGUUUGAAUUAAAGUUUAAAAUAUUAUUUUCUUUUAAAAUAAAUACAAACUAUAAAAGAUAUUUUACAAAAACAGAUUAUUAGUUUAGCUUCAAAGGGUUUGAGAAUAUACUAGUUAACAAACUUUGUGUAGGUUAUAAUAUAUUUUGAUUGCACAUGGGCCGUCAAUUCGUUGACAAUGGAUUCGUACAGACACUAAAUUCAAAUUUUAAUAUUUCUUUUCACGGCUCAUCGCACUUCUACUUUCACAAGUUCGGGUAGGUAGGAAAAGAGUAUUGUAAUUUAUGUAAAAAUAAUCGUUUUCACAUUUUAUAAAACUGAAUUCAAAUUAAACAACGAUCUUUUAUAUCCUUAAUAUGAUUCAUAAGAAAAUUAUUUUAAGUAAGUAGGAAAUUGAGAUUAAAAAAAUAAAUGAAAAACCAUAUUAUGGUAAAACCAAUAACAUUCAUCACUAUUCGUUACGCUCAAAUAUACAAGUAAAAUUUAAUGUAUUUAUCAGUAUACGUACCAUUAUUUGUGUGCAAAUAUAUGAUAAAUAGAAUCAGAAAAAUAUUCAUAUUAACGAAAUCAAAAAAUUAUACUAUCCGUGGCAGGCUGGAAAUAAUAUUUGCUGUUAAUUUUUAUGAGAACAUUCGGUCGUUUGGGUAAAUUUUUCUAUGUAACGAAUAUACAUCUAAAAUAUUUCAGAAAACAUCAAUUCUCUUUUUGCGUAAAAGUACUGUUUGAUGUUCAUCAUACGUGAUUUUGUUCUUAAUAUAAUAUGGAUUCAAUUACAACCGUACUUUUCGUAGUCUCCGUAAAGUGUUCGGACAGAGUUGAUUCUACCGUUAGAGAACCAUUAAUAGAGGACGUAACCUAUUUGACUGGAAAGAAAAGAAAACGAUCGCCGUCACCGAUGGAUUACGCAGUUUCGAAGAAACUCAAAAGAAAUUGUCCAAUGUGCGACCAAGAACAACCACGUAAGUUUUUGUAUUUCUUUAUUAUAAUAUUAUUUUCGUUCGCUAUUGUAGAAAACGAUCACAGUGGUACUAAAUACUAUUUUUCAUAAGUGUGUACAUUUGGAAUUGCAUUAUUGUAGUUUGAGAUUCUGAGUGAAGCGAAGAAGCUUAUAGAUUUACAAAGAUGUUUAUUAUUUUUUUUAUCUUUACCCAACUUUUAUACCAGAAAACUUGCUCGAUUUUUAAAUAGAGCACGUUUUCAAAAAGGAAGUUUCACUAGGGAGGUACUUUAGAGAGAUAAUUUUUCAAUUUUCUCAUCAAAUUUGAUAAACCGAAAAAAAUUGAAGGAAGAACGGAAAAAUAUAAGAAAUGUUGCACUAUUUGCAAUUUUUAUUUUGAGACCGUUAUUCUCCUCGACACAGCGUAGCAUGAUGCAAUGAUCCAUUAUACAAUGUUAAAUUUAAACGAAAAAUAAUAGUGAACUAAUAUCGGCAAAGAUGCAGUCGAGACUGAUCUAACAGUUGGAUUAAAUCCGUCGGGCAUAAAACUAAAAAGCAAACCAUUCCAUUGUCCUACACAUACUGAAGUGGGGUGGUUAAUUAAAUAUGUAAUAUUAAAUCACCAGUGUUAACGUAUAUUGAUAAUAUCCAUCAAUAAGAACCAGUGCGAUAUCGUCUGUGUUAAUGAGCGUUUCGACUUUGGUGUAUUCAAAACUUGAGUAGAUGUUGAAAGUUUGGAUGGUAGAUAUGAAGUAAACUGUUGGCCUUCGCUAUAUAUACCCUAAGAGUGAUACGAGGGUCACCUCUCAUUGGUUGUAGUCUGCCGGAUUUAAUGUGAUAAAACAAAGUUGUUUUUAUUGGCGUAUGGUAACAUAUUGAUUGUUUUAUAAUAUCAGUAUAGUGUUUUUUGAUAAUUUUAAUAUAUACAUAUAUGUGCACCGUAACAAACUCUGUAAUGUAUUUUCUGAAAUGUACAGGAUUAGUUGUAUCUCCUUCUCGAAGUCUGACUUAUGUAUCCUACAGCACGGCGUCACCAACCUACAGACCGGCCUCACCGUCCCACAGCCCGGCCUCACCGUCCCACAGCCCAGCGUCACCGUCGUAAGUAUCUUUGAUAGUAUUAUAAAAUAAUACAAUUGUAUUAUUGUAUUAUUCGUGUAGUAAAAACUAUUUAUUUAAUAAAAUUGCAUGAAUAUUGUCCAUAAAAUAAUUUAACUAAUAUAUGUUAUUUCUUUAUCUUAUGAAAAUAUUUAACACUUAUCUGAUUACUAAUAAACAGAAUAUUGUUUAUUAAAAAAAUGUAAUUCUCUUGCUUAUUUGGUCUUACCAGUUUUGUAUUAAUAUAAUAUAUAAAUAUUAUUAAAUAUUAUUUAGCUUGUGCCUGACCUGCAAAAGAGGCAUAGACACGCCUAUGGAUGUUACAGACGCGAGUACAAAUCUAAAUGAGUCAUCUUCGUAUAAUAUUUUGUUGUCACGUUCAUACAGUAUGACUUAUUGGCCAUACAACAUUACAUCAACGCCGUACACUCUGGCGUCUCCUUCGCACGGCCCGGGGUCAUCGACGUGA